AUGCCCGAGCAAAAUAUUAACAAGGUAGGGAUGGUUGGUGUAGGGAGCAUGGGCUCUAUGAUGAGCCUAUUGUUUGCAGAGCAUGGAUACCAGGUCUUUUUCUUCGACAUCGAACUGGGCAAGAUGGACGAGACACAAAAAAAAGCUCAAGAUUUGAAUCUGCAAAAGGAUGUUGUUCGACAGGAUUCUUACAGUCAAAUGUGCAAAAGUCUUUCUACAGAUGCUCAAAUUCGUCUUAUUGUGUUCAGCAUCCCUCAUGGAUCAGCUGGGGACAAAUGUUUGGAGGGGCUACGCCCAUACCUGACCACCGGCGACAUUAUUCUCGAUUGUUCAAACGAGCACUACAAGAACACAGAACGGCGGCAAGAGGAGCUUAGGCCCCAUGGCAUCUUUUACGUCGGGUGCGGAGUGUCUGGGGGCUACCAAAGCGCCCGGGCAGGGCCAUCAAUGUCACCAGGAGGUGAUCGCGAGGCUGUGGAAAGGAUUCUACCAAUUCUUCGGAUCGUCGCUGCGAAAGAUGACGGCGGGAAGCCAUGCGUCAAUUACAUCGGCCCGGGGGGCUCAGGUCACUUCGUCAAGAUGCUCCACAACGGCAUCGAACAAGGCAUGAUGUCGGUAAUUGCUGAAACCUGGUAUAUCCUGACUCGAGGCCUUGGACAUAGCUAUAACGAAGCUGGGCAGGUUCUCUACCAGUGGAAUGAAUCGCCCGAACUGUCUAAGUGCUUCCUCAUAGCUAUUGGCGCGGACGUAAAUCGAGAGAAAGACGGCAAAGCAAAUCAUGUUGUAUCGUACGUUCAGGACAAAGUCGUCCAGGACGUGGAUGAGUCUGAAGGCACCGGAACCUGGACCUGCGAAGAAGCGGUGCGUCUUCACUCACCAGCUGCCACGAUCAUAAGCGCCCAUCUCUUACGUUGCGCUUCGGCGGAUUUGACACAACGGAUGAAAAACCAAAAGGUUAGCAAAGGUACAUAUGCAACAAAUCCACUGCAGGUAGAUGAUAAGGACAGCUUCGUUGACCAGCUGCGCAUGGCGACGUAUUUUUGCUUCCUUCUUUGCUUUGUGCAAGGGCUGAACAUUCUGCGCCGAAAGAGCCAGCAGAAAGGCUGGGAAAUAAACUAUCCUGAUCUACUCCACGUUUGGAGUGCAGGUUCAAUCAUCCGAGCAGAUGCCAUCAUGUCUCUCUUGCAGCCAAUCUGUUCACAGCCGAGAAUGAAGUCAGAUGGUGAUGAUAUUCUGGCCGAUCAAACAUUGGAGAGAGAACUGGGCCGCAGCUUCGAUUCAACAAAGAAUGUUGUGCUCAAGGCAGUCGAAGCUAAUAUGAUAAUUCCUGCCAUCAGCCAGUCCCUCGAAUAUUUCAAGUAUUCUACUCAUACAGAAUUACCGACUCAGUUCAUGGAGGCGGAGCUGGACUACUUUGGGCAUCACAAUUUCGAUAUCAGAGGUCACGGUCCGGGUGAGGCGAAAAAAGGAUCACAUCACCAUGAGUGGAAACCCGCGAAGGGCACGUCGGAUAAAUAG